AUUAAACCUAAAACCUAAUCACCACGUCACCACCGCCACUCAAGUUGAUCCGCUACACAACCCUUAUAAAUAACACUAAAUAACCAAAAUAAACACAUACAAAAAUCAAAAAUGGAAUCAGCUAACCUAUUCUCAUCAUCAUCAUCGUCUCUUAUCUAUCAUCCAUUUUCCAAGACGUUACGUUCUUCAAGAACUAGGGUUUUCACAGUAGCGGCAAGAAGCAGAAAAGCACACGACGCAAGCUACAGUAGCUGCAGCGGCGGCGGCGGCGGAGGCGGUGGCAGACUAGUGGAUGUGAACAUGAUUGUUCUGAGGAAAAGAAUUCAUGAAAUGAAGAUGGUUGAGAGGAACUAUGAGCCUCCGAGUGAUUGGAUGGAGUGGGAGAAGCAAUGUUUUACGAGCUAUGAUGGUUUAAUAUGUGAUUUGGUUGGUGUUUUGCAGUCUCAGAUGAUGAACACAAGGCCUAGCUUGGUGCUGGCGAUGGUGGCUUUGGUUUCUUUGAGUGUGCCAUUUUCAACGGCUGUGGUUUUUUCUCAUUUUGUGGAAGUUACUCAGAUGAUUUUCUGUGGGAUUCAUAGUUGCUACUAAAUUAUUUAGAUUAUUUAAUGAUUACAAUUUGUUAAUUUUUUUGAAAGUGUAUAAAUUAAUAAUGGCAACUUAAGUACUA